AACAAAAUAAAAUAAACAAAUAAAUAAUAUAAGAGAAAAUAAUAAGAACAACAAUCGUAACCAUAAUAGAGAGCCUAAUUAAUAAAAUAAACCGAUAACAAAUCAAAGCGCAACAAGAAAACAAAUAAUAAAACCCAACUGAAAACAGGCCAGCAAAAUAAAUCAAAGCAACCAAACGAAAAUAGCAACACAAAAUAGAAACAGGAUACAGCAACUGAAAUCAAUAAAACAUAAAUCAGCAACAGAAGCCAGAACCCAGAACCCAGAAACCAGAAACCACAAGCCGAAUCGAUACAGCAUCAAACCCAGAAUCGGAAAUAGCCUAACCAUCAGACCCCAAUAGCAGAAAACAAAGGAUAUAACUGAAAUCAGAAGCCCAUAACAGGAUAACAAAUAGAAAAUAGAGAAACAGUAACAGGAACAGAAACAGCUAUAGAAAAUACAACAGCAGAAGUGAAAACUGAAAUUCAACAGCAAAUUCCAAGUAACAAAAAGAGAAAAACAAAAACGGAAAUAGCCAAGAUUUGUUAAAUUUCUUUCGUGUGUUUUUAAAUGGAGAAAAGCAACAAAAAAUACCAAAUCUAACGGAAAUAAAUAACGAGCAACAGAAAGUAUUUGUCGUUAAAAAAUUGAACUCUUCGGUUGAGGUUUACAUUUUCGUCUUAGUCAUUAAAUUUUGCGUUCGUAAAAAGCGGUCGAGAAAAUGUUCUGAAAAAGUCUUUGAGAGAAACGAGCUGAGAAACAGUUUAUAAACUUUAAGAGGUGAAAAAAUUGAAAUAAAGAAGGAAGCGGCAAUAAACAUUUCGCCAGUGAAGGGAAGCGAACUGUGCCAAAGUUGCGCAACCACAGGUGUAUUUUGUGUGUGGCACGUGUCACGUGUGUGUGCGUGCAUGCAGCUGGAGUUUUCCCGUGGUGCGGACAGAUCGGAUUCAAGAAAAUCACUAUAUCAAUAUAUAUCCAUAUAAAAAUUAUCUUCAAAUUAUCAUAUCGUGGAAAAGCAAAAAAAAUGAUCUAAAACGCAUGUUAAAACCGUUAUCAAACGCAUUUCGUACUUAAAAACAGAAAACAAAAAACAAAACAAAAAAACAAAAACUAAACUAACAUUAGUAGUGAAAAAAUUCCAUUCGGAUAAGAAACACGUUCUAAGCUAAAAAUUUAAUUAUAUUACCAUUAACACGUAACUCAAGUAUUCGAGGAUCUUAAAAGUAUAAAGGGGUCACAGUCACAGGAAGAAGGCGUUAUCUGGCAUAUGGCAACAUUCCCCACACACCCAUUAGUAUCGUGGAAAGCGAGCAAAAUCCUCUGACUGAGUAAUCCUUGCGUAUCAAUUCGUUGAACGAGAGGAAAAAUCGCAUCCCUUAAAAUAUCUUUGGAAACAGAUUUGGAAUAACAAAGAAAGCGCAGAGGUAAAAUUUAAUUUGAAUUAAAAAAUACUGGCGAAAAGAUCAACGGCAAAACAAGUUUAUAAAUAAGCAAAUAAAUGAGACACUUAAGAAGAAAGGAAUUUUAAAUUUGACCAACAUGAAGAGAAACAAAUGAAAACACUAACAAGAGAAGCAGCAGCGACAACAAGCAAGAGUACGGCUAAGGAAACCAAACCACUACUGCUAAAAUGUGUUUUAAUAAUCAAUAAUAAAGGAAGAAAUCAGAAAGAAACGAAAGCGACCCUAGAGCUUUCCCUUCGAAGUCAAAGCACGGCCAGGCAGCAGCACCUGCAUCCCUAACCGAGCCACAGCUAGGACCUCCGGCCAACAGAUUCAAUAGAACAGCAGUAGCGACGAGAAUGGCCAUCAACUUCUCGGCCUCGUUCGCGGCCUGCAUAGCAGCCGGAUUGAAGGUGCCCCGCCAGAUCAUGUACUGCAUCACACAGGACACGGGCCAGCCGUACGUGCUCUACAAGGACUCGCAGGACGCAGAGCGCAACCCGGGCGCCAUCGGAGCCAGUCCCGCCCAGUGGGGCAGCGACAUGUACCCCAACAUCCAGCAGCAGGCCCAGCAGCAUCUCACCGCCCAGCAGCAGCAGCAGCAGAACGCGGCGCAGGCAGCUGCCCAGGCGGCAGCCGCAGCGGCGGCAGCGGGUCAGCCGCAGAGUCCGCCGGGCGGAGCCCAAGAGCCCCGUGACAACGGCAGCGGCGACGGCCGCCAGCAGAAGGUGUCGCCUUCGUCCAGCCCAUAUCCCUCGGUGCAACAGCAGCAGCAGCAACAGCAGCAACAGCAACAGCAGCGGGCAAACGGGGGCGCCGACGAAGAUGCCAUGAACCAGCUCGGAAACCAGCAGAACCCUGCGCCCAACCAGAACCAAAGCAGUACCGACCCCCAGCACUCGGGCCCUAAUGCGGGGGAGCCCGGUAACCCACAUGUGCAGCAAAACGGAGGCGGCGGCGGUCCUCAGGGCGAUCCCGGCAACAGCUUCCAAACGCCCGACUAUUAUGCUCCCCGUCACGCUGCGCCGCAAGGAGCGAUGCUGGCGCCACCCGGCUUUCCGCCACUCCACUAUCUCAACAAGGGAGUGCUGCCCAUGGAGCAGUCUGGCGGCGGUGGCGGAGGCGGGGGCGCCGGCGAGUCCUACUCGCUGCCCGAGCUCUUACCGGGCCAGCAAAACGGACAGCAGAGUGCCGGUCCGACGAACGCCAAUGCCAAUGAGGGCGCGGCGGCAGUCAACGGCGGAGGAGUGGGCGGGGCAUCGGGCGCGGGCGUAGGCCCUGGCGGCGGCGUGCCGACCGGAGGGCGCACUGGCAACGGGCCAGGACGCCCGCACAAGAACAAGCCGCACAGCGACUUGCGGCUUUUCAAGUGCCUGACCUGCGGCAAGGACUUCAAGCAGAAGAGCACGCUGCUGCAGCACGACCGAAUCCACACGGACGCGCGUCCGUUUCCCUGCUCCGAGUGCGGCAAGCGGUUCCGGCAGCAAUCGCACCUCACGCAGCAUCUGCGCAUCCACGCCAACGAAAAGCCCUUCACCUGCCCCUACUGCUCGCGCAGCUUCCGGCAGCGCGCCAUUCUCAACCAGCACAUACGCAUCCAUUCGGGUGAGAAGCCCUUCGCCUGCCCCGAGUGCGGCAAGCACUUUCGCCAGAAGGCCAUCCUCAAUCAGCAUGUGCGCACCCACCAAGACGUCUCCCCACACCUCAUCUUCAAGAACGGGCCACACCCGACGCUGUGGCCCUCAGACGUUCCAUUCCCGGGAGAAGAGAACGACACCAAGGGCGACAUUGCCAGUGCCGGCGGCGGCUACCACGACGAGGACUCCCAGGGAACCCCGGAUGGUAGCGGCGGCAUGCACUAUCCGUCGUACUUCAAGGACGUUAAGGAUCAACGCGCAGGCCAAAAGAUACUGCCCGAGGUUCUGCAGCACAUCGGAGUGCGGCCGGCAAACAUGCCGCUCUACGUGCGCUGUCCCAUCUGCGACAAGGAGUUCAAGCAGAAGACGACUCUGCUCCAGCACGGCUGCAUCCAUAUCGAGUCGCGGCCCUACCCCUGCCCAGAGUGCGGCAAGCGCUUCCGCCAGCAGUCGCACCUCACGCAGCAUCUGCGCAUCCACACCAACGAGAAGCCCUUCGGUUGCAUGUACUGUCCGCGCUUCUUCCGUCAGCGGACCAUCCUCAACCAGCACUUGCGCAUCCACACCGGCGAGAAGCCGUACAAGUGCGCCCAGUGCGGCAAGGACUUCCGGCAGAAGGCCAUUCUGGACCAGCACACUCGUACCCACCAGGUAGGCGAUCGACCAUUCUGCUGCCCGAUGCCCAACUGUCGACGUCGCUUCGCCACGGAGAACGAGGUGACCAAGCACAUAGACAACCACAUGAACCCCAACACCACCAAGGUGCGUCGCCAGCAGCAGCAACAGCAGCAGCAGCACCAGCAGCAGCAGCAACAGCAACAGCAGCAGCAACAGCAACAACAGCAACAGCAGCAGAACAACAACAAUGCUGUCGCUCAAGUCGCCUCGGUGGCCAAUCACUUGAUGAACGACGUCAAGAGCUUGGCGGCGCAGCAAUUCCUCAACAAUAACAACCCGACGGCGGUGGACAACAAGGCAAACAUCCUGCCUGUGCGCAGCAUAGCGGCCAAUGCGGCAGCAGCCGCUGUGGUGCAGCAGUCUGUGGUGAAGAACGAACUGUACUUCCCGCAGUGCUACGGCCCUCCCUUCCAGCAUCCCUUCCAGACACAACAGCAGGCCCAGCAGCCCAGUGUCGCGCACGCCAACGGGGGCCCGACGCCGCCGGUGACCGUGACAGUGGCCAACCCUGUGGCCCCCGGAGUAGUGGUUCAGCAGAAUGCGUCUGCCUCCGUGGUGGCCCAGUGACAUCCCACCACUGGAUCAACUGGAGCACCACAACAGCAGCAGCAGCAGUCGUCGGCAGCCCAACAGCAGCACCACUCGCACCCGCCUCCUCCACCAACAACGACUGCUCACCACAUCGCGGCAGCGGCAGCGGCUGUCACAGCGGCCACGCCCUCCUCCGCACACGCCUCUCCAGUGGCGGCGCCGCAAACCGUAACGCUCUCGAUCACGCUGCCCCCGCCGCCAACGUCGCACGCAGUCCACCCGGGUCAUCCGGGCCACCCCGGGGUGGCCAACGGAGCUGCGCCUCCCCCGCCACCGCCGACUCUGUCGCACGCAAUACCCAUACAUCCACACAUACACUCGAUAUUCGGAUCUCUAUGAUGUCAUCAGUAAGGAGACAGUUAGACCAGGAGCAGCAGCCCCUGGCGGAAAUCAAAAUUGAGGAGCCCACACUAUUCACAAAAUAUCCGAUAGGUUCGAUAAGUUUAUUUAUUAGUAUUAGACGCAUACAAAUUCUCCUAGUUUUUAAAACGGAUCUUUAAAUUAAACCACAAAACACAGUUUUGUACUGGCAGACGUCGACCAACUGAGAACAAAGCUGGACAGAGGAGACGCAAACGAACACGUGAACACAGGACGAGUACUAGUCUUUUUGAAAAGGACUCUAAACUCCUUUGACACAACCCAUACACAUGAAAUGCGAAUGGUCGAUGUUUUACAAGGAAAGGAUAAAGCAGAAUGUAGGAGGAACGAGAGCCAAAACACAACGUUAUACGAUUCCUUUUUGACAUAAUAUUUUUUAAGGACCCCCCCCCCACACACACACAUUUAAAAGACUACAGAGAUACUUCAGAUCUUUACAUGUAUAUGCACACGGUCACAGAGAAGUAAGUAUGUGCACGCAGAGUUCGACCCACAGGAGUUAUACGAUUAGGCGUAAAGAUAGGAUGGCUCAGACAUAACGAGUGCGAAGUGAUAGUUAGGGCAGCUAGACACUAUUUGGGAGGAAGCGUGGAUGUCGGAGGAGGAAUAGGACGAAUGGAGGAGGAGGUGCUGGCGUUGAGCGAGUUUUUGUUUUGUUUUUAUUGUGACAGGCAGCAGCUAAGAUUUAGUUCAGUUCUUCGGAUAUGUUAAUGGAUUCGAACUUUUGUUGAAGAAUACGAUUUUACGGGGGCCACACAAAUAUGAAUUCGAACUUCUCCUUUUUUUCGAUUAAAGCAUACAUAUGUGAUUUCUUAAAGUGUAAUAUAUACUACGGAAUGCAAUUUUAAAAUACUAAAUACCCAUAAUUAGUUACGAGUCCCCGCGUAAUUCGAGCUGGGAUUCAUUUGUUGUCUUCCCCAACUAAUCAUGUGUAAUUUAUGUUGAGUUUUUAUUUAGUAAUUAGACAUGCACACGUUUAACCCGGACAAACCCAUACACAGGCACAACCAGCAGACAAGGCAAAAGUAAAUAGGCAGGAUCAAUAUAUGUACAUUCAGACGUGUUUAUAAGGCAGGCAAUGUGACUCUUAAGGUGCCAUACAAUCGAACAAUAGUCAAAAAGGUAACAGACCAACCCAACUCUCCCCUAAUGCUCUCAACUUACACUGAAUCUGAACCACAGCAGACUAAGCACUAUUUGACCACCCACCUCCUGCGUUUUCUCCCCUACCAAUUCAGUGUGGAUAUAACCGAAAGCUUAGUUUCUUAUAAAAUUUUCCAAUGUACCGUCAAAGCAUUUAUGAUUGUUAUUAAUAUUAUAGCAUAUGUACCCUACAUAUUUAUGUAUAAAACUACAUACACUUUAUGUAUUGUAAAGAAGAUCGUGGCGGAGCGAGGAUUUACUUUUAGCAUAGACGUUUCACUUUACCAAGUAUCUACUCAUUAUUUAAUACACUUAGUAUGUAGCCAAUUAUCUAAGUUUCUAUUGAAAUCAAAGCAAGUGCUCGCAAUACGAUUUUGUGUUUACCGUUUGAAACCUACAGUUUAUCAAUUAUGUUUGGAUAUAUUAUUUAAUUACUUCAAUAAAACAAUGAUUCAUCUGA